AGAGCAGCAGAGCUUCACAUCAGCUCUUUCCUCCCUUGUGUUGUUGUUCUUCCAGCUUCUUUCUCCCCGUGCAACAUCACAGCCAGGACUAAACGCGCCUUUUUCCCCGUGGACCACAUCCCGGAUGCAGAGCACAGGCGGCGAUGCCGGAUGCUUCCUACGCAUUGAUGCAGACUUGUGAGAGAGGCUCCAGCUUUGGCACACUUUAGAGGAGGCGAGCAGCCCGGGGGCCACAUUGCGGACGGACGGAAGUUGACAGAAGGACACAGGAUGAUCUUAGGAGGUUUAAACCGAGUGGGGCCGCCGCUCCCUGCCUUCCUCAGGACUCCAGCCGUCAUGCCCCCGUGCUCCCUGGACAUAAAGCCCUUCCUACACUUGCCCCUGGAGUCGCCGCACCCUGCAACACUGGGCCUCUUCCGCAACUUCAACACAAUGGACCCCGUGCAGAAGGCUGUGAUGACGCACACCUUUGGCCCCCCUGUGGUGAGGACAAAGCGGCCCAUCAUCUCCUGCAAUGUCUGCCAAAUCCGCUUCAACUCAGAGAGUCAGGCAGAGUCACACUACAAGGGGAACCGCCACGCCCGCAGAGUGAAGGGCAUCGAGACGUCCAAGACACCUCGCCAGCAAGAUGGCGACAAGCAGCGCCCGCCCCCAACAACUUCCCCCUCCCUGUCAGGACCGUCACCUUCCAGCCUGGAUGCAGAUCCUAGUAAGCCAGAUGACACCCAAUGCUGUCCCAGCUCCGAGUCGCCUUUGACUUUCAGCCACCAAUCCACAUCCACUUUCGGCUCAGCAGACGCAGAGUGUCCUUUCUUGGAAUCUGCGGGCACACCUUUGCCGUCCUCCCCCAUCCUCAGCACACCACCUGCAGACUCGGCAGGGCCCGCCCUUUCUGACGCCCCGUCUCCGGCCCCUAGCCCCUCCUCUGGAGAGUCAGAGGAGGAGAAAGCUAAAAAGCUUCUCUACUGCUCCUUGUGCAAAGUUGUGGUCAAUUCCCUCUCACAGCUGGAGGCACAUAACAAAGGUACAAAACACAAAACAAUUCUGGAGGCCCGGAGUGGACUGGGGCCGAUUAAAGCUUACCCACGACUUGGUCUGAAAAGCAGUUCUGAGCAGGGAGGGGCUGUGUCUUCAGACCCCAACACUCAGGAACGAACCUUCCACUGUGAGAUCUGCAACGUCAGAGUCACCUCUGAGCUGCAGCUCAAACAGCACAUAUCCAGCAGGAGGCAUCGGGACGGAGUUGCAGGGAAACCAAAUCCCCUGCUCAAUCGCAACAAGAAGCGUGCAGAUUUCAUGGAACUUCCAAAAACUCUAGGGCCGGGACUUUUACCCAAUCCCCUGGCUGUGGCAGCGGUCAUGGCGGCCGCGGCGUCCUCCAACCAGCUGGCACUACGAGCCCCCGGCCCGGCGAGCCACCCUCACCCCCAUCACCACCUCUUACAGGGGCCCCCCCUCAGACUGCUGAGGCCCGCCCCGGGGCCAAUUCGUACUGCGCACGGGCCCAUUCUCUUCGCUCCGUACUGAUGGCGGGAGGACGAGGAGGAGUCGGGAAGAAGCACACUGUGAAGGGGGCGAGCCAAAACCGCUUUGUGUUCCAUUUAGAGUCGUGUAUGACCAACUUGGUUCUGGAUUCGGUGCCAACAUGGCGCCCAGUGGUCAUGUGAGGGACUUUUGACCAAUCAGUGAGAGUUUGCCCGGACAAAAUCUUAAAUAAUUGGUCAUAAACCCCUCUCCUGACUACAGGGCACCAUGUUUGGGACUAACUCUGGAACCAUGUUGGCAAUACUCUCUAUAGACGACUCUGGUUCCAUUUUAGUAAGACUGACACCUGCUGGUGCAAACUGUAGUUGCAGACGGCUGCUAUGUUGACAGGGAGACUUGUCCAGAUUUUUUUGUAAAAGAGACAUUUUCAUCCUUCCCACUUCACCUGCAACCUAAAAGAUCCACUAACUAGCCCUAGUAAGAGCAGCAAAGAUGAGAAAGUGGGACUUUCAAACAAACGUCUAUUAAGCAUGAACUUAAAGGGGAACAUUAUCAGCAGACCUAUGUAAGCGUCAAUAUAUACCUUGAUGGUGCAGAAAAAAGACCAUUUAUUUUUUUAACCGAUUUCCGAACUCUAAAUGGGUGAAAUUUGGCGAAUUAAACGCCUUUCUGUUUAUCGCGCUGGAGGCGAUGACGUCAGAAUGUGACGUCGCCAAGGUAACACACCCACCAUUUUAAUUUUCAACACAUUACAAACACCGGGUCUCAGCUCUGUUAUUUUCCGUUUUUUGGACUAUUUUUUGGAACCUUGCAGACAUCAUGCCUCGACGGUGUGUUGUCGGAGGGUGUAACAACACUAACAGGGAGGGAUUCAAGUUGCACCACUGGCCCCAAGAUGCGAAAGUGGCAAGAAAUCUGCCGCCAGACCCCCAUUGAAUGUGCCAGAGUGUCUCCACAUUUUACCGGCGAUGCUAAGACAGACAUGGCACAGAGAUGUAUGGAUAACCUGCAGAUGCAUUUGCAACGAUAGUCAACAAAAUCACAAAGGUGAGUUUUGUUGAUGUUGACUGCCAGCUAAUCGAUGCUAACAUGCUACGCUAAUCAAUGCUAACAUGCUAUUUACCGGCGGUGCUAAAGCAGACAUGGCACAGAGAUGUAUGGAUAACCUGCAGAUGCAUUUGCAACGAUAAAGUCAACGAAAUCACAAAGGUGAGUUUUGUUGAUGUUGACUGCCAGCUAAUCGAUGCUAACAUGCUACACUAAUCGAUGCUAACAUGCUAUUUACCGGCGGUGCUAAAGCAGACAUGGCACAGAGAUGUAUGGAUAACCUGCAGAUGCAUUUGCAACUAUAUUACGUUUCCUUCCACCCACAUUUAAUGCGAAACAAACACUUACCAAUCGACGGAUUUAAGUUGCUCCAGUGUCACAAGAUGCGAAAGUCCUGAUCGUUUGGUCCGCACAUUUUACCGGCGAUGCUAACGCAGCUAUUUCGGCCAUGCUAUGGCUGUGAAUAGCGUCAAUAGCUAUUCGCUCAAUAGCUUCAGUUUCUUCUUCAAUAUUUUCAUACUCCAACCAUCCGUUUCAAUACAUGCGUAAUCUGUUGAAUCGCUUAAAUCCGAGUUUGAAUCCGAGCUAAUGUCGCUAUAUCUUGCUGUGGUAUUCCCAUUGUUUGUUUACAUUGGCAGCACUGUGUGACGUCACAGGGAAAUGGAUAGUGGUUUCGAAGAUAGCGAAAAUAAGGCACUUUAAAGCUUUAUUUAGGGAUAUUCCGAGACCGGUAACAUUUUGAAAAAAAAACUUCAAAAAAUACAACAAGCCACUGGGAACUGAUUUUUAUUGUUUUUAACCCUUUUGAAAUUGUGAUAAUGUUCUCCUUUAACCGCUGCACCUCGAAAAAAUCGGAACCUUCUCAGCAUCCGAAGCAUCAGUACCAGAAGGUAAAAAAAAAGAAGCCGCCCCGAGCUUCUAAUAUAUCGUGGUCUCCUCUGAUGUUAGCUGUUAGCAAUCACUGUGUACGGAGUCCCCACGUUGUGUGGUCUUUCAAUUUGUGUUGCUGCUGCAGUUUCCUGCCACAUUUCUUUGUACUGUAUGUCUAGAUCUUCCCAGCUGGCUUAGGGAGUCUGCAUUUACCUCGACAGGACGCAGACUGAGGUUCAGCGAGGAACAGCGCAUACGUUACGUCUUAAAAGAUAUUCAACUGAUAGCACCUUAACCACAUGAAGUAUAGUCGUGGGGAAGUACCUGAGUGAAGUACUAUGCAGCUAGCAGUGUUUGAUAUUUGUGGUCUGUUUAGAACGGGAAGGGGGCGGAGAAAAAGAACAUCAGAAAACGAAGUUUGUGUCUUCAGGAAAUGGUGUAGCUAUCGUUCGGCAAAUAACCGACAUUUGGUCACACAGAGCAGUAACAUACUGUGAGGUUCGUAGUCGGUGAGGCAUUGACUUCCUUUGAAGUUUUUAUAUGGCACGCUAGUAAUUCAGGUACAAAUCCAGCAGGCACAAGACAUCGAAACAACGUUGAGAACUUGAAUUUGUCAAAGUUAGUUGGUGACGAACCCCAAGAUGCAGAGAUGGAGGCAGGCAUGGAGCGAGAAAACAUGAUGUAAUAAAGAUACUAAAACAAGAACCAAUCAAAGGGGUACAACAAAAAGCACGCACAAGGUGAAUAACACAACUAAAAGAGCUAGCAUGGGAGCUAGAAAGCUAAAGGAGCUUAGCAUGGAAGCUAGCAAAAACAAAAAGGGCCUAGCGUGGACAGGAAAACAGAAGUCGUUACUUGUAGAAUGAAAACAAAACGGAAGCAGGGAACAAAAGACAGUAAGCUACAAACAGAAACUGAAAUAUAGCCUACCGCUACGCUGCGAUGACACGACACGAGCCACAAUACGGAAGUGACAUGGACAAUAAUCCAACACUGACUGGAUGGGAAGACAGGUCUAAAUAGGAGCGGGCUGAUUGAGGCCAGGUGUGGCCAGGUGCCAAUCAGCCGCAGCUGAGGGACACAGAACUCAGGGAGGAAGACAGGAAACAGACAAAAUAAGAGCGCUGACAGGAACUAAAGACACGAAAUACUACACACACACAGGAAAAACUAAAACAUAAACAAACUGUCAGGGGCACGCCUGACAGAAUUAGGAUCUGACGUCGAUUAACUCAAAAUUUAGGUUGGAACGAUCAAUCAAUGUCGGGUUUUGACGUUGAUUUGACCAUUAAAAUCUGGCCAUUUUCCAGCCAACAACGUGGAUCCAACGUUAGACAUCAACAUUGUCUCAUUUUACGAUGAUUUGCAAGAGCUAGCAUGGGAGCUAGAAAGCUAAAGGAGCUUAGCAUGGAAGAUAGCAAAAACAAAAAGGGCCUAGCGUGGAAGCUAGCGGGUAGCGAACAGGAAAACAGAAGUCAUUACUUGUAGAAUGAAAACAAAACGGAAGCAGGGAACAAAGCUACAAACAGAAACUGAAAUAUAGCCUACCGCUACGCUGCAAAGACAAGACACGAGCAACAAUACGGAGGUGACAUGGACAAUAAUCCAGCACUGACUGGAUGGGAAGACAGGUCUAAAUAGGACCGGGCUGAUUGACACCAGGUGUGGCCAGGUGCCAAUCAGCCGCAGCGGAGAGGACACAGCACUCAGGGUAUAAAGACAGGAAACAGACAAAAUAAAAGCGCUGACAGGAACUAAAGACAGGAAAUAAUACACACGCACAGGAAAAACUAAAACACAAACAAACUGUCAGGGGCACGCCUGACAGAAUUAGGUCCUGACGUCGAUUAACUCAAAAUUUAUGUUUUAACGAUCAAUCAACGUCGGGUUUUGACGUUGAUUUGACCAUUGAAAUCUGGUCAUUUUCCAGCCAACAACGUGGAUCCAACGUUAGACAUCAACAUUGUCUCAAUUUACGAUGAUUUGCAAGAGCUAGCAUGGGAGCUAGAAAGCUAAAGGAGCUUAGCAUGGAAGCUAGCAAAAACAAAAAGGGCCUAGCGUGGAAGCUAGCGGGUAGCGAACAGGAAAACAGAAGUCAUUACUUGUAGAAUGAAAACAAAACAGAAGCAGGGAACAAACCUACAAAAAGAAACUGAAAUAUAGCUUACCGCUACGCUGCAAAGACAAGACACGAGCCACAAUACGGAAGUGACAUGGACAAUAAUCCAGCACUGACUGGAUGGGAAGGCAGGUCUAAAUAGGAGCGGGCUGUUUGACACCAGGUGUGGCCUGUUGCCAAUCAGCCGCAGCUGAGGGGACACAGCACUCAGGGUAUAAAGACAGGAAACAGACAAAAUAAGAGCGCUGACAGGAACUAAAGACAGGAAAUACUACACACGCACAGGAAAAACUAAAACACAAACAAACUGUCAUGGGCACGCCUGACAGAAUUAGGUCCUGACGUCGAUUAACUCAAAAUUUAUGUUGGAACGAUCAAUCAACGUUGGGUUCUGACGUUGAUUUGACCAUUGAAAUCUGGUCAUUUUCCAGCCAACAAUGUGGAUCCAACGUAAGACAUCAACAUUGUCUCAAUUUACGAUGAUUUGCAAGACCUAGCAUGGGAGCUAGAAAGCUAAAGGAGCUUAGCAUGGAAGCUAGCAAAAACAAAAAGGGCCUAGCGUGGAAGCUAGCGGGUAGCGAACAGGAAAACAGAAAUCAUUACUUGUAGAAUGAAAACAAAACGGAAGCAGGGAACAAAGCUACAAACAUAAACUGAAAUAUAGCUUACGCUAAGCUGCGAUGACACGACACAAGCAACAAUACGGAAGUGACAUGGACAAUAAUCCAGCACUGACUGGAUGGGAAGACAGGUCUAAAUAGGAGCGGGCUGAUUGACACCAGGUGUGGCCUGUUGCCAAUCAGCCGCAGCUGAGGGGACACAGUACUCAGGGUAUAAAAACAGGAAACAGACAAAAUAAGAGCGCUGACAGGAACUAAAGACAGGAAAUACUACACACACAGGAAAAACUAAAACACAAACAAACUGUCAGGGGCACGCCUGACAGAAUUAGGUCCUGACGUCGAUUAACUCAAAAUUUAUGUUGGAACGAUCAAUCAACGUCGGGUUUUGACGUUGAUUUGACCAUUGAAAUCUGGUCGUUUUCCAGCCAACAACAUGGAUCCAACGUUAAACAUCAACAUUGUCUCAAUUUACGAUGAUUUGCAACGUUGAAAGUCAGUUUUUAAGCAGAACUAAGUAACUUUUCAACAUUCAAAUAUUUUCAUAACUUUUGGGAGGAUACACGAACUUACGAGUUAAAUGACACCUCUGCCAUGGUCUGAGAGGAUCUGGAUUGCUAUCGUUUGGCAAAUAACAACCCACAUUUGAUCACACAGAGCAGUGACAUGCUGUGAGGUUCAUAGUCGGUGAGGCAUUGACUUCCUUUGAAGUUUUUAUACGGCGCGCUAGUAAUUCAGGUACAAACCCAGCAGGCACAAGACUUGGAAACAACGUUGAGAACUUGUUGAAUUAGGUCCUGACGUCGAGCAACUCCAAAUUAAUGUUGGAACGAUCAAUCAACGUUAGGUUCUGACGUUGAUUUGACCAUUGGAAUCUAAUCGUUUUCCAGCCAACAACGUGGAUCCAACGUUAGACAUCAACGUUGUCUCAAAUUGGAAUUAUUUGCAACGUUGAAAGUCAGUAACUUUUCAACAUUCAUCAAAUAUUUUCAUAACUUUUGGGAUGAUACACAGACUUACGAGUUAAAUGACACCUCUGCCAUGGCCUGAGAGGAUCUGAAUCGCUCUCACUGGCGUUUAGCAACGUUGAGGAGGCCGAACAAAACAAUACAAAGGGGAACAUUAUCACCAGACCUAUGUAAGCGUCAAUAUAUACCUUGAUGGUGCAGAAAAAAGACCUUUUUUUUUUUUUUACCGAUUUCCGAACUCUAAAUGGGUGAAUUUUGGCGAAUUAAACGCCUUUCUGUUUAUCGCUCUGGAGGCGAUGACGUCAGAAUGUGACGUCGCCGAGGUAAUACAGCCGCCAUUUUCAUUUUCAACCCAUUGUAAACAUUGGGCUUCAGCUCUGUUAUUUUCCGUUUUUUCGACUAUUUUUUGGAACCUUGGAGACAUCAUGCCUCGUCGGUGUGCUGUCGGAGGGUGUAACAACACUAACAGGGAGGGAUUCAAGUUGCACCUCUGGCAAAUGCCAAAGUGUCUGCCGCCAGACCCCCAUUGAAUGUAGCAAAGUGUCUCCACAUUUUACCGGCGAUGCUAAGACAGACAUGGCACAGAGAUGUAUGGAUAACCUGCAGAUGCAUUUGCAACGAUAAAGUCAACGAAAUCACAAAGGUGAGUUUUGUUGAUGUUGACUUAUGUGCUAAUCAGACAUAUUUAGUCGCGGCGUGACUGCCAGCUAAUCGAAUGUAACAUGCUACGCUAAUCGACGCUAACAUGCUAUUUACCGGCGGUGCUAAAGCAGACAUGGCACAGAGAUGUAUGGAUAACCUGCAGAUGCAUUUGCAACGAUAAAGUCACAGAAAUCACAAAGGUGAGUUUUGUUGAUGUUGACUGCCAGCUAAUCGAUGCUAACAUGCUACGCUAAUCGAUGCUAACAUGCUAUUUACCGGCGGUGCCAAAGCAGACAUGGCACAGAGAUGUAUGGAUAACCUGCAGAUGCAUUUGCAACUAUAUUACGUUUCCUUCCACCCACAUUUAAUGCGAAACAAACACUUACCAAUCGACGGAUUUAAGUUGCUCCAGUGUCAAAAGAUGCCAAAGUCCUGAUCGUUUGGUCCGCACAUUUUACUGGCGAUGCUAACGCAGCUAUUUCGGCCAUGCUAUGGCUAUGAAUAGCGUCAAUAGCUUCAGUUUCUUCUUCAAUACUUUCAUACUCCAACCAUAUGUUUCAAUACAUGCGUAAUCUGUCGAAUCGCUUAAAUCCGAGUCUGAAUCCGAGCUAAUGUCGCUAUAUCUUGCUGUGCUAUUCGCCAUUGUUUGUUUACAUUGGCAGCACUGUGUGACGUCACAGGGAAUAGAUAUUGGCAUUGAAAAGAGCGAAAAUCAAGCACUUCAAAGCUUUUUUUAGGGAUAUUCGGAGACCGGUAACAUUUUGAAAAAACUUCCAAAAAAUACAACAAGCCACUGGGAACCGAUUUGUAUUGUUUUUAACCCUUUUGAAAUUGUGAUAAUGUUCCCCUUUAAUCUUUUAAAGAAGAUAAAAGUUUACGCAAACGCCUACAUAUCGCCAGAAAUCUAAAAGAAGAAGAAUGCAUACGUGCAUUGAUUGAUUGAAACUUUUAUUAGUAGAUUGCACAGUUCAGUACAUAUUCCGUACAAUUGACCACUAAAGGGUAAUACCCCAAUAAGUUUUUCAACUUGUUUAAGUCGGGGUCCACGUUAAUCAAUUCAUGGUAAUGCAAUUACUGCUAUCAUGGCCAAAGCUCCAAAAGAAUGAAAGAAAUGAAAAAAACAAGAAAAACUGAGCUUAACCGGAUAAAAAGACAGUCGGGAUCAACAUUGCUUUGACUUGCUGGUGUGAGCUCAAAGAUGAGGAGAUAUUUUCAGCUAGUGCUGCUUUGGCUCGGUUCCUGCUAACCUCGUAAGAACCUUUCGAUGCUCAAAUCCAGGGGUGCCCAUUACGUCGAUCGCGAGCUACCAGUGGACCGCGGGGGGUGUGUCAGUCGAUCUCCAG